ACAUCCCUUUUAUAUGGUUGAAACUUGAUCGUCUCCUCUAGAACCGGUUCUAACCCAUAUAGCAUUGACCUGUAACAGUUGAAAGGUUACUUGCUGAGCUGCUCACCACCAGCAGCCAUAGACGAUACCUAAAUACAUAUACAGUUUAGCCCUCGCGAAAGUUUGUACGUCCCCAAUCGUUUAGUAUCCAGGGCAAUGCUGAAAGUCGGGAGGCUGAUCAGGGACUCCCCAGUACGAUGGGAGGUCGCCUACAAGGCGUUUCUAGCUGCGUCUGAGACGACACGUCCCCGUGCCUACCUGGAAUUUUUAGAGGACAACAUCCCAAUGCCGACUCCGCGCCAAGAGGGGGCCGCCGUCCGUGUACUCAGUAUUGGGAGUGGAUCAGGAGAGGUUGACAGCGCUAUCUUGAGGAAGAUCCUGCAAAGGCAAAGCAGCGUGUACAACAGAGUCGUGGAUCCGUCAGAAGAGAUGAUAAAGGGUUUUAAGGCUCUGGUACAACAUGACACGAGCCUGGGUGCAGUGAAGUUUGACUGGCGUCAACAGACAGCGGAGGAGUACUUCUCCCAGUCCGAUGGUACCAAGUUCGACCUUGCCCAUGCUAUUCAUGUUCUGUACCAUGUGGAGGACCACCACGCUACCUUGCGGAACAUGUGGGAACAACUGGCUGAGGGAGGCCACCUGUUUGCCUUUCUUCUUACGGACAAAAGAGGCUUGGGGAAACUGUUCCAUGAAGUAUGGGACUGGUUUCCAGAUGGAGACGAUCGUCUGACGACCUGUCUUCGCACUUCUGGUGACGUCAGGCGUUCGCUCCAAUCCCUGGGCAUCAGUUACGUCAUCAAAGAGCAGGAGCAGUACGUCAACGUGGCGGAGUGCUUCAAGGAGCAUUCGGAGGCGGGAAGACUGAUUCUCGACUUCUUGACGCAAACGUCGAAUGUCUCCGCACACCCCGAGAUGAGGUCGAAAGUCCUGGAGUUUUUUCUGCGUAAUUCGUCGUCCGUGGAUGAUAAGAUCCUUUUCAGUACGGCUAACGCAGCUAUCAUCGCCCGUAAAAGUACACAGAAGUAAACAAAUCUGUCCACGUGUAAGAAAAAAAAUCUUUUGGCCUUUGGUAUUCUUGGGUGGCACUGAAUUUUGCAUUGAAGACCUUGAUUAGUUUAUUCUCUAGUAGUUGUUAAUAAUUUUACGAUAUUCUGUUAUCCUUGUAUCCUAUAUAUCAUGUUACUCAGUAUGAUGUACAUUUAACAUCAUAUUCUGAUGUAUGCAUUUAGCCCCAUGGGCAUGAACAUGCAAAU